CCCAGGACUCUCUCUCUACAGGACCCAAGCUUCCCGCAGAGGAGGAGUCCAGGAUGGAGAGAGGGGCAGAGCCCUGGAGUUGGGCACUGGAGACCUCUAGUGCCAGAUCCCAUGACUUCCAUCCAGAUCCUGCCCUGGAAGCAGCUGGCACCUCCACAGCUGGGAUGCGGCGCUCGGUGCUGGUCCGGAACCCGGGCCACAAAGGCCCGAGGCCUGCUUACGAAGAGCUUGGCUCAGACUCAGAAGACCUGGACCCCAGCCCCGAAGACCCAGAGCCCGACCUGGAGGACCUCAACUCUGUCUCUGAAGACGUGGACCCCGGCUAUGAAGAGCUAGAGCCCGUCUCUGAUGAUCUGGACCCUGACGCGGGAACUCCAGGCUCCAUCUUGGGGACCGGUGCCAUGGAUCCCCAAGAUCUCGACCCCAUGUCUUCAAGUUUUGAUCUCGAUCCAGACGUCAUUGGCCCUGUGCCCCUGGUUCUUGACCCUAACAGCGACACCCUCAGUCCCCCAGAAGCCCCAGACCUGGACCCCCUCUCCUCCAGCCUUACUGCCACCCCGGAAGGCCUGGCCACCAGCCCGGCGCCGCGGCUGCAGCACCAGCGCACGCACACGGCCGAGCGCCCCUACCGCUGUCCCCACUGCGGCAAGGCGUUUGGCCAGAGCUCCAACCUGCAGCAUCACCUGCGCAUCCACACUGGCGAGCGGCCUUACGCCUGUCCCCACUGCUCCAAGGCCUUCGGCCAGAGCUCCGCGCUGCUGCAGCACUUGCACGUGCAUUCCGGAGAGCGCCCCUACCGCUGCCAGCUCUGCGGCAAGGCCUUCGGCCAAGCUUCCAGCCUCACCAAGCACAAGAGGGUGCACGAGGGCGCAGCUGCGGCAGCCGCGGCAGCCACAGCUGCUGCCACUCCCCUGGGCCUUAGCCCUGCUUCGAUGUUGCGGCCUGGGCAGGUCUCCCUCCCGGGUCCUGAUGCUGCCCCUGUGCUUGGUUCUGGCCUGGGCCCCAGCUCUGGCCUGGGCACGGACCCAUGCUCUGUGCUGGGCUCCCUCCCCAAUCCCAGCCCCAAACCUGGCCCUGGCUCUGAAUCUGCCCUCACCCCUGAUCCUGUCAAGUCCUCUGACGCUAAGCCUGGUCAUGAUGCCAAUCCUGACCUUGUGGCCAGCCCUGGCCACGGAUCUGGUCACAGCUCGGACCCAGAUCCUGUGCCCAUCCCCAGCCCCAACCCUGAGUCCCGCCCUGACCCCAGCCCUCCCACCCCCGACAGCUCAGCCCUCCCUACCUGUGAGAAUCCCGAAAGGGUGCAGGAGCGAGGGGCACUGCUGGGGCCUGACGGCUGAAAGGGGUGCCAUCACCCACGGAGGCCUGGAGAAGUUGUGUGUUGUGCAGUUAGUAAAAUCUUCCCGCUGCCUGCUC